GUCACUUUUUUCAAACACAAAUUUUUUAAUUUACAGUAAAUAAAUAAAGUUCCCGAAAAACAAAAGCAAAUUGCAAUGGCCGAAUUCUCAGUAGAGCGCGUAGAAGACAAACGCACAGUUAAUGGUCGCACAGAGUACUACUUGAAGUGGAAGGGCUAUCCUCGCAGUGAAAAUACUUGGGAGCCGGUCGAAAAUCUGGAUUGUCCUGAUUUAAUAGCAACAUUCGAGGAAUCAUUAAAAAAUAAUAAAAAAGAGACAAAAAAACGUCUUUCCACAUCUUCAACGCCGGAAUCAAUACGAAGUAAGAGAAAAUCAUUCAUGGAGGAAGAAACAGACGAACAAAAGAAGCUGAUUGGCUUCGAUCGUGGCUUGGAGCCUUCAAAAAUCCUUGGUGCUACCGACUCUUCCGGUUAUCUGAUGUUUCUGAUGAAAUGGAAGGGAAGUGAUCACGCCGAUCUAGUGCCUGCCAAGCUGGCCAACAUCAAAUGUCCCCAAGUCGUAAUACAAUUCUACGAGGAACGUUUAACCUGGCACACUGGAAAUGGCAAUGGCAACGGCAACGGUUCGGGCAGCGCAUGUGGCAGUACGCAUCAUGGUGGUAGCGUUGGCACGCCUGGCAGUACUGCAGACGCAAGUCCAAGCGGCAGCAUCAACGAUGAGAAUAUCAAGCCUGACGCUGGCUCAGAACUAGGGAGUGGAGAGGCUGUCUAGUUGAUUUACCAGAACUUGUUAAGGCAGCAAACACAACGCCAUGUAAAGCCAACAUGGAUACACACGGACACCAACACACAGACGUACACAAACAUGCUCGCUCCUACAUUUUUACAUACAAAUAACAUAGACAUAAUCAUACAUAUACAUAUAUUAAUAUACAGGCACGUUCAUUUUUGCAUCAACA